AUGCAGACGUAUGGCAGUAUUCUGCCAGAAUCACGGCGAUACAACCCUCCAGAAAUACUAAAAGGUGGAUGGGAUGUUAUAAAAAGUAACCCACUCUUCGCUGUGGACGCAUAUAACUUCGGAGUUCUCAUAUACGAGGCUUUUAACGGAUCCUUUCACGGCCCUGAACAAGCUGGUCAGACUUCAAACAUACCUCCCAGCAUGCGGCCGAGCUAUAAGAAACUUUUGAAUUCUAACCCAAAACUACGACUAAGCGUAGCGCAUUUCCUUGAGCAGGGGAAACGCUCAGGAGGGUUCUUCCAGACUCCCUUAAUCCGCUUAUCCCAGGACAUAGAGAGUCUAGGACUUAAGAGUGAAGAGGAAAGAGAACAAUUUAUUAAUACUAAUCUGAAAAACAGUGAACUUGACGAAUUAUCCGAUGACUAUCCUGAGGAAUUCUUUAAGAUGAAAGUCUUGCCUGAGCUCCUUAAAUCAGUUGAAUUUGGUGGAGGAGGUCCAAAAGUGCUUUCAACUAUUUUGAAAGUCGGCACAAAACUUAGUGACGAUGAAUACUCCCAGAAGCUUACACCCGUCAUUGUUCGGUUAUUUGCGAACCCGGACCGAGCUAUACGCGUAUGCUUACUGGAUAAUCUCCCUCUCAUGAUCGACCGGCUUCCCCAGAGAACUGUGAAUGACAAGAUAUUCCCUCAAAUGGUCACUGGAUUUACGGAUCUUGCGCCGGUUGUACGGGAACAGACUGUCAAAGCUGUCUUAGCAAUCAUAGGCAAAUUAUCUGACCGCACGAUCAACGGCGAACUGGUUCGAUAUCUUGCAAAAACUGCCAAUGACGAGCAGCCUGGAAUCCGUACAAAUACCACCAUAUGUCUGGGUAAAAUUGCUAAAAACUUGUCUGCAAGCUCUCGACCAAAGAUUCUUGUUGCGGCUUUUUCUCGAUCAUUAAGAGACCCCUUUGUCCAUGCACGGAAUGCCGGACUUCUUGCUCUGGCGGCUACUUUUGACCUCUUUUCCGAAGAAGAUUGUGCCGUCAAAGUCCUUCCCGUAAUAUCGCCUGCGCUCAUAGACAAAGAGAAGCUUGUUCGCGACCAGGCAAACAAAUGUUUAGACAUAUACUUGCAACGAAUCCGCAAAUUUACUUCAACCAUGGCAGAUACAGCACUCCCACCUCAGGAACGGGCAGACUCAUCUGUUGCAGCAGCCAGACUACCUAGCCCGGCCAACACAGCAGCGUCGUGGGCUGGAUGGGCAAUCUCCUCAUUCGCGAGUAAAGCAGGAGAAACUAAGGGAGUUAUUGAACCAAUCCAGCCGGCACUACCGAAGCCCAAUGGAAAGGCCGUUGAUAACUCUCUGCCACCUUCUCGGGCCAGAUCCGCAACACCAACUCUCGCGCAAAACGUAGCACAAUUCUCACAACCAACAAUCGGUGGUAUUAGCCAAGCCACUCCUGAUUUACUGGAAGACGAGGAUAGCAAUGCAUUUGACGAUUGGGGCGCAAUGGACGAAGCCAUUGAUGAUGAGCCAGACAGGCAAGACCAAGAACCGAUUGUUUUUGAGAAGGCAGCAUCUCCUAACCCAGCCAUAUCACCACGCCCUCACAAUUUUGCCGACGAUGGAGAACCCGACUUUGCAGGAUGGCUAGCUAGUCAAUCAAAGUCAAAAUCAAAGAACCCAUUGCCAAAGGGACUAAAGAAGUCUUCCACGCCAGGAGGCUCCGGCACAGCACAAGCUAAACGAACAGAGGUUAAACCAAAGGCCCCUAUCAAACCAGCAAAGACAAUCGACACAAAACCUAAAGAUGAGCCGCUAGAUGAUGACGGAUGGGGAGAUGCUUGGGAUUAG